AUUUCCUUAUAUAAAUAAUUUCCAUUCAAAGUCUCUUCUCUUCUUCAUUGAACGUGAAUGAGCUAAAUCCAAAUCCCAAAAAUGGCUUCCAGAUCCCUCAAUUCCAACCAAAAACUCUUCGCUUUCUCCCUAAUACUUCUCUCUCUACCAUUGAUAAUUCUAGUUAUAUUCUUUGGACCAAAAUCUAACAAUGUUGUAGAUACACUUAAACUCGAGACCGAUGAGCCUCAAGUGUUCACAUAUCCUAGGUGGUUUGAUCUUAUUCAAGAAGAGAUUCAAGAAGAGAUUAAGGGUAAGAAGAAGAUUAAGGUUGGUUUAGUUAAUUUUAAUGAUGAAGAGAUUGAAUACAACAUGCAUGGUUUAGUUGUUAGUACUGUUCACGUACGUUUUAAUAACGUGUCUAAGGCAAGAAAAUGGGAGGAUUUUUUCCCUGAGUGGAUUGAUGAAGACCACAAGUCUAGCCUGCCGCCGACUUGUCCGGAAAUCCCUAUGCCACGGCUGGAGGAUUACCGGGACCUCCAUGUCGUGGUGGCUAGGGUACCAUGUGAAGGGUGGACAGGUAAGGCAGGGUUUAGGGAUGUGUUUAGGCUACAAGUUAAUUUGGUGGUGGCUAAUCUUUUGGUAGGGAGUGGUUGGGUCACGCCUAAUGUUAAAAGGGCGGUGUACGCUGUUUUUGUCGGCGGUUGUGGACCUAUGCCGGAGAUAUUCAGAUGUGAUGACCUGUUGAGGAAGGUAGGGGAUCAUUGGGUGUAUAUGCCGGAGUUGAGGAGGUUGAAACAAAAGGUGCUCAUGCCUCUAGGGUCAUGCCAAAUUGCUCCACCACAUGGUAAAACAGGUAAAAAGGAUUGGAGAUACUAUUCCACAGACCAUAAAAGGCCGAACGCAUUCAAUCCAAGGGAGGCCUAUGUAACCGAUGCUUAUGUUUGUGGUGCAAUAGCUUUGGCUCAAAGCAUUAUCCAAUCCAAUUCUAAUAGGGAUUUACUCCUCCUCCAUGAUGAAAAAAUAUCUCCCAAGUCCUUAACAGGGUUGAAAACUGCCGGUUGGAAAAUAAGGCAAAUCGGACGUAUCCGAAACCCCUUUGCCAAGAAAAAUUCAUUCAAUGAAUCGAAUUAUAGUAAGCUUAGAAUAUGGUUGCUAACAUGGUAUGACAAAGUGGUUUUCAUUGAUGCAGAUGUUCUAGUUUUCAGGAACCUGGAUAGGCUAUUCGUUUAUCCUCAACUAUCAGCUGCUUCCAAUGAUAGAACUUUGUUCAAUUCCGGGAUCAUGGUGAUUGAGCCAUCAUUGUGUAUGUUUGAAGACUUGAAGGUGAAAAGUUUCAGGGUGGAUUCACACAAUGGAGGGGAUCAAGGCUUUCUCAAUGAAGUGUUUACUUGGUGGCAUAGGUUGCCUACCAAGGUGAAUUUCCUGAAGUGUUUUGAGGGCAAGGAAAGCUACCGCCGGGACAAGAUCCCUGAUGAUGUUUAUGCAAUACAUUAUCUGGGGUUGAAGCCAUGGAUGUGUUACAGGGAUUAUGAUUGUAACUGGGACAUGAAAGAAGGGCAGGUUUUUGCUAGUGAUAAAGCUCAUGAGAAAUGGUGGCAAUUCUAUGAUGCCAUGCCUGAGAAAUUGCAGCAAUACUGUUGGCUGACUGAGCACAUGAAGUGGAGGAUAAACAAGGGGAGAGAGAUUGCUAGGAAUCUUAGUCUCCCUGAUGAACAUUGGAAGAAUGCUGUAACAGAUCCUAGACAGUACAAUCUUGUUCAAUGAAAGGGAUGCCAAAUUCUUGAAGGGAAAAUAAAAAAUUAUGUCAAUUUGUCCCCUUUUUCUCUCUUCAAAUUCCCUUGUUUUAGUUUUACAAUUUAUGUAAGAUUCAACAGUUUGGAACAAGAA